AUGCCUCAACAUACUCUCCUUCGACCUAAACUAAUAAUUCCAAUAUCUAUCAUCCUCCUCAUCAUUAUAAUCCCUUCCUUAUUCCCUCUCCCAGGUCCAAAAUUAUCUUCCUUACCAUUCUACCCUUCUGUAGAUGUAGAUCCUGCCGACCCUUCAAAUCCAUACGAUUCAAACGAUCCAUCUUCAAAUUCUUGGUCACCGUGGAAUAAGAUAAAUUGGUGGGGAUCCAAAGGUUCUUACGACGAUCUUGAAGGAGAAGGUUAUGCGACUACACCUGAUCAUUUCGACCCACAUUUUCCAGAUGUAGAUAGAGGUAACAAGAAUCAUAAUGAAGUGAAUUUAAGGAAUUUAAGAGAAUUACAUGUUUGUAUGGCUUUGGGAAAUUGUGGGAGGAAUCAAAAGAAAGUCGUUUUGUUAGCUGGUUAUUGGUUUAAAGAAAGUUAUAUACUUGGAUGGAGAGGAGGUGAAGGUGUUUGGGCAAUGUCAAUGACCGAGACGGUGGAACAAUACCGAAUGUUACCUAAUAUGGUCAAAGUUAUCAUUUCACCGAAUCUUCACGUUUGUAUCAAAGAUGAAAAUUGUGUGAAAUCGGAAAAGAACCCUACUGGUAUACCUAGAUGGAAAUGUUGUGUAUGUCCGUCUCCCCCAUCACCCACAUCAACUAAUACCAGAUUCGACAUGUCUUUCUUCCCUGAAGGUUGGCACGGCGAGGAAGACCUAGGUUGGGAAUGGGUUUUACACGCCGAUCGAUGGGGUCCUCAAGAUCCAAGGGAGGAGACUUCGCAUUAUAUCGGAUACUCUCUAGAAGACCAAUGUCUACAUCUUGACGUCAUUCCCGAAGAAGAUCGACCCAUGUCCGCUUGGUUUUAUGCUAAACAGGCUACUUACGCUUACAACAAAUUCCCCUUGUUCGCGUGGAACAGAAGUUAUUUCGAAAUGGCCGAAAAAGAUCUGGCAGAGUACGGUCUUGGUUUCAAAGGGGCUUAUGAAGUGAACGAGUACUAUUUCCCUGACUCGAUCGUCGGUGGUCCUUUGGAACCUAUACCCGGUGUUGAGAACCUAGGCAAGAUAGGUCCUGAAGAAUUCGCUUUACAAAUGCGUACCACUCGGAUAUUAGUAGGAAUAGGACAACCUCGAUUAGCACCUACACCUUAUCUCGCUCUUUGUUUUGCAACCCCUUUCUUAAACGUUAUUAAAACGUGGGACGCUAGAGAUCCUGAUAACCGACAUAAAUGGGAUGCUCAGCAGAACAAUUUGAAAUGGAUGGAUCCACCAUACGUAUACAACGUUCAUGCUGGUAAUUAUACCGGUUUCGUCGAAGCUAUCCGAACUGCUAUUUCACAACCGACACCACCACGUUACGUAGAUCCACUCAUGACUGAAAAAGGGAUGAGAGAUAGGAUGCGUUCUUUGAUCGAUAGAGAUUGGAAGAUUCAUGCUGAGGAGAUACGUGUUGAGAGGGAGGCUAACGGGCAUGUUUAUAAAUGGUCCAUGUAG